AUGGAGGAUGCGGGAUCGGAUACCAGUGAGGAUGAGGAAGCAAGAUUUUCCAGAGAAAUGGAUUUCAAGAGGCGCGUACUAGAAAAGUUAUAUCCGAAUCUAUUUGAAAGUAAUAUUAGCUCUAGUGAUGCACAAGAUAUGACUGAUGUGACUGAUCCAAACAAAGUUAACAGCGAAGGUGCAGAAUCUCUGCCUCCAAUUAUGGACAAUAAUUGGGCAAAAGAUGAUGAUGAUCAUGAUUUAUCAAAUACUGACGACAUCGCAUUACCUCGGAAGACUAAAAUACAGAAGCAUGUAGGUGAAAUCUCAAAUAAGAUUCAUCUUGCGGAGUUACCUGGAAAAAAGGAAAUAACGUUGAAUGAUCAAGGAAAUGAUGUGCAUGAUCAAGUUUCUGAGCAGAAUAUCUUAACAAAAAAUCAAAAACGUAAACUAAAGAAGAAAAGGAGGAGGGACAGACUUAAGGAAGAAUCCAAGGCCAGUUUUAUAAGAUCUUGCUUACGAUCGGCAGUUCGUAAAGAUGGUGUUCUUAAAUAA